CGGCUCGGCUCGCCCUUGCUAGAGCCGUACACUAUCGCAGCCGACUCAUCCCCUCUCGGGCACGCAGCCGGCCCCCUCCCCUUCUUAAAAGGGCGACGGCGGUGGCCUCUCCCUCGCCCGGUGCGCAGGGUUCGGCGGCCUCUGCCCCGCACGUGCUGGAGACUGAGUGUUCCAGGUGGCCUGUGAGACGCGCACGGUGGCCUCCGGUUCGCUGCGGCCGGACUCCUCGCAAGUUCGAGAACUUGUCUUGGACAAUUGCAAAUCAAAUGACGGAAAAAUUGAGGGCUUAACAGCUGAAUUUGUGAAUUUAGAGUUCCUCAGUUUAAUAAAUGUAUGCUUGAUUUCAGUUUCAAAUCUCCCCAAGCUACCUAAAUUGAAAAAGAAACUGAGACUGGAACACUGCUCCCAUUCCCAUUAUUGCUGAAGUGCAAUUCUGCCCAGGAGCCCUGCAGGUUCUCCUCCUGCAACCCGGGGACCCCACUCUGCGACAUGACACCAAAGACUGCUCAACCAUGGAGCUCCGCACCCAGCUGCAACAGCGCCUUAGCAGCAGUCGCACAAGAGCAGCUUGAGCUCAGUGACAAUAGAAUCUUUGGAGGUCUGGACAUGUUAGCAGAAAAACUUCCAAAUCUCACACAUUUAAACUUAAGUGGAAAUAAACUGAAAGAUAUCAGCACCUUGGAACCUUUGAAAAAAUUGGAUUGUCUAAAAAGCCUGGAUCUGUUUAAUUGUGAGGUCACCAACCUAAAUGACUACCGAGAGAGUGUCUUCAAGCUCUUGCCCCAACUAAGCUACCUGGACGGCUAUGACAGAGAGGACCGGGAAGCCCCAGACUCAGAUGCAGAGGUGGAUGGUGUAGAUGAAGAGGAGGAGGAUGAAGAAGGAGAAGAUGAGGAGGACGAGGAAGAUGAGGAUGUUGAGGAAGAAGAGUUUGAUGAAGAAGAGGAUGAAGAUGAAGAUGAAGACGUAGAAGAAGAUGAAGAUGAAGUCAGUGAGGAAGAAGAAUUUGGACAUGAUGGAGAAAUUGAUGAAGAUGAGGAGGAUGAGGAUGAAGAUGAGGAUGAAGAGGAGGAAGAAAGUGGAAAAGGUGAAAAGAGGAAGAGAGAAACAGAUGAUGAAGGAGAAGAUGAUUAAGACCCCAAAUAACCUGCAAAAACAGAACUGUUCAGUAUUGGUUGGACUGCUCAUGGAUUUGGUAGCUGUUUAAAAAAAAAAAAAAAAAAGGUAGCUGUGAUACCCCAGGACACCCACCUACCCAAAGAGCCAAAGAAUAGUUCCUGUGACAUUCCACCUUCCUCCAUUUAGUCCCUCUUGGUAAUCACACCAAGCCUGGGUACUUUGCCCCAACAAAAUUGUAAGCGUUGUUAGGUUUUUGUGUAAGACUCUUGCUGUAGCGUGGAUAGCUGUGAUUGGUGAGUCAACCAUCUGUGGCUACCAGUUACACUGAGAUUGUAACAGCAUUUUUACUUUCUGUACAACAAAAAAGCUUUGUAAAUAAAAUCUUAACAUUUUGG